AUGGACACCAAGGACGUUGACGUCAGCGCAGGAGUGCUGGAAGCCUUUCCAGUACAUGUGGUGGAAGUUGCCGUGGGUGUAUACAGUCUUGGCCUUCCCGCUGGUCGUACAGGCUCUUUGAGCACCAAUCACGUCGCAAUUUUUCUGAUACUCGCAGGGCAAUCGAGCUGCGUGAGAUUGGACAUGGCACCAGACGAAAAUCUCUUGGGUGCACUUGAUGUUCGCUUUUAUAAUUAUGCAAAGUCGAAACAUGUCAUAGAGACACACUCAUUGAAAAGUGCAUCUGAUCAAACGGUGCAAGACUUCUGGCAAGCCAUCGAGCAAGACUCACGGCACAUGUUCCGGUUUGAGCAAGUCGAUAAAGCCACAUACGGAUCUCGCCACUGGAUGUACGAGACCUUCUGCCUCCGAAAAAACCUACUCGAUACAGCAGAAGAUCUUGAAAACGCCAGAGAUUUCCUCAGCCAGCAGGGCGACAAACGUCCUAAGGUUGAGCAUGAGCUCAUCGAUGAACCAUUCCGUGGCAAAUUCCUCAAAAAUCAUACUACGCCGCGGAGUAACGAACACUUCGAAUCAUUUUUCCGGAAUCUGUUGAAUUUGUACGCCGUGUUUCAGGACAAUCACUCGACGUUCUGGGAUCUAUUGCAAUCACUAGGAUCCAAGACUGAGCGAGCAUGGGAUUAUCCAGCAAGCGAGGACAGCGAAACUCAAUCAGCGUCUGACCACCACAGAUUCAUCGCGGAGGUCGCUAGAGCCAUGACUGAUCAAGGACUUGAGGCGGAGCACUUGUAA